CCACUUUAUAUGCUUCAUCUAUUCUUCCUUUUGGCAUGGUGUUCUCAAACUGCAAUUGCGGGUACCACCGCUUUGGUGCCCACUGCCUUCUCUGGUGGGAAUCCGGAUGUGUGUCAAGUAUGGAAAAAUAUGACUAAAGAAGGUGUUGUGUGGAUGCUUAUGUUAUUUGUUAUGGUGUCCACUACUGCAGACGAUUUCUUUUCGCCAAAUGUUGCAUCCAUAGUUGCACAUCUGAAAAUAAGUGAAAGCAUAGCAGGUGUGACUUUUAUGGCAUUCGGAAAUGGAGCUCCAGACAUAUUCGGUUCUAUCGCUUCGGUUCUCAGCAGUCCAAAACCUAAAGCGGGUCUCGCGCUGGGCGAGCUCCUUGGUUGGUGA